AUGGCACCACAAGGCAGAACCUACAAGCUACAUGGAUUCCAAGUUGCACUCACUUUGGCUUUAUUUUUUUCUCUCAUUGUUCCACUUCCCAAAUCAGUCAUAGUGAAAGGUGUGGUAGGUGGAUCCGUUCUGUCUGAUAGCAGAAAGAUUUUGGAAGGAAAGAAAGUGGUGAUAGGGUCAAAGCCUCCAGCUUGUGGAAACAAAUGCAUGAACUGUAGGCCUUGCACAGCGACUGUGGUGGUUUCUAAUCACAAGAGGAAGGGUUUCAUGAUUUCCUCUCACGGGGAGGAUGAUAGCUAUUAUCUCCUCUCAUGGAAAUGCAGAUGUGGGGACAAGUUGUUUCAACCAUAA